AUGGUCAUGUACCUCCAGGAAACGCCUCAGUUUGGCAAGCACGCUUAUUAUGGCUGCUGGUGUUUUCCUGAAGGUCCUGACGAGCCAUUGAAUGGGUAUGGCGAGCCAGUCGAUGAUAUUGAUAAGACCUGCAAGAGAUUGAGCCAGUGCUAUAAAUGCGCGUCGAUGAAGUAUGGAAAGGAUAAAUGCCCAUCAAAUACGCACUACGAGUUCACCGGAAUCUACGACAGUACAACAGGAAAAAAGACGAUCGAAUGCUUGGAUCCAGAGGAAAGUUGCGCGAAAUCCCUUUGCGAAUGUGACCGAAAUCUCGCCACUAAUUUGGCCGAGCUGCAAUACGAAUGGGAGGAGAGUCUACACGCAAAAUGGGGACACUUCCAGCGAGAAAACAUUUGCAGAAUAAAAUCGUCGAAGCAAGGCUACAACUCACCUUUCAACUCGGUGGAUUUUGGCCGCUCGAGCGAUAGAGCUCAAGGAACUGGGGCCACGCCCGACGCGUGUUGUGGAGUGGAAGGACAACUAUUCCCUUACUUCAGCGAUUCUGGAAACCGAAGUUGCUGUGGCAGUAGAACUUACAAUACUGAGCUCAUGAAGUGCUGCUCUGGCAGUAGGCUCAUUUCAAUCAACAUGGUUUGCUGA